AUGGAGUUCGCCAUGGUGGGUGCGGACGGUGGGUGCAACAGUCACCUGCCGUACGGAUAUGCCCAAGCUCGCGCACGGGAGAGGGAGCGCGACACGGAGCGCGAGGCUGCAGGGUCUCGAGCCGAGGACGGCAGCGGUGAGGAGGGAGGAGGAGGCGGCGGCGGCGUAACGGGGUCCGCAUCCACCUCCUCUACCUCCUCCACCUCCACCACCUCGUCCUCAUCCUCAUCCACCUCCUCCGGCGCUCAUCUCCUUAACAACCGCCAGCAUCAGUCUCGCGCCGCCUCCUCCUCCGCGGGCGCCAACAUCAGCGGCACCGCCUCGCGCUCCUCCUCCGCCUCCUCCUCCUCCUCCUCCUCCUUGCAGCCGCCACAACACCAGCAGGAGCCGGAGCAGACGCACCGAGUUCUCAGAGAGCGCAAGAAGCAGCGCGGCGUCGGCCGGUGGAGACGCAGCCGGACGACUCUCGGCGGGGACCUGCGCCACUCGGAGCUGGCCCUGCUCGGAUCCGAGGAGGACAUCAUGAUCGAGGAGGAGGAGGAGGCCGAGGGCGCCGAGGAAGAGGAGGAGGAGGAGGAGAAGGAGGAGAGGGACAAGGGGAGCAAGAGGUCGAGCUUUCUGUGCAACAUGGAUGAUGAGGAGGAGACGGUGUCGAUCACGGACCGGCGACCUCAGUCCGGGUACGGGAACGUGUACAGCGAGUUCGGCUGCUGCGAGCGGGUGGUCAUCAACGUGUCCGGGCUGAAGUUCGAAACUCAGCUCCAGACUCUCACCAAGUUCCCGGACACGCUCCUGGGGGACCCCGACAAGCGGAUCAGGUACUUCGACCCGCUGAGGAACGAGUACUUCUUCGACCGGAACCGACCGAGCUUCGACGCCAUUCUCUACUACUACCAGUCGGGGGGACGCUUGAAAAGACCCGUCAACGUCCCGUUCGACAUCUUCUCCGAGGAGGUGAAGUUUUACGAACUCGGGGAGGAGGCGAUCCUCAAGUUCCGGGAGGAUGAGGGCUUCGUGAAGGAGGAGGAGAAGCCGCUGCCGGAGGACGAGUUCAAGCGUCAGAUCUGGCUGCUGUUCGAGUACCCGGAGAGCUCGACCGCCGCCCGGGGCAUCGCGGUCGUGUCCGUCCUCGUUAUUGUCAUCUCCAUCGUCAUCUUCUGCCUGGAGACGCUGCCGGAGUUCAGGGACGAGAAGGAGUAUCUGAAGCCGCGGGUCAACUCCACCGAGCCGGACCACGGGUUCACCCCCUUCAACGACCCCUUCUUCAUCGUGGAGACGGUGUGCAUCAUCUGGUUCUCCUUCGAGAUCAUCGUGCGCUUCUUCGCGUGUCCCAGCAAAACCGUUUUCUUCAAGAACAUUAUGAACACUAUAGACAUUGUCUCCAUUUUGCCUUACUUCAUCACCCUGGGCACGGACCUGGCGCAGCAGCAGGAGAACGGGCAGCAGGCGAUGAGCUUCGCCAUCCUGAGAAUAAUCCGGCUCGUGCGCGUGUUCCGCAUCUUCAAGCUGUCCCGACACUCCAAGGGGCUGCAGAUCCUGGGCCACACGCUGCGCGCCUCCAUGCGGGAGCUGGCCCUCCUCAUCUUCUUCCUGGUCAUCGGCGUCAUCCUCUUCUCCAGCGCGGUGUACUUCGCCGAGGCGGACGAGCCCUCGUCCCAGUUCACGAGCAUCCCCGACGCGUUCUGGUGGGCCGUGGUGACCAUGACCACGGUGGGCUACGGCGACAUGAAGCCCAUCACCGUGGGGGGGAAGAUCGUGGGCUCGCUGUGCGCCAUCGCGGGCGUGCUGACCAUCGCGCUCCCGGUGCCGGUCAUCGUGUCCAACUUCAACUACUUCUACCACCGGGAGACGGACAACGAGGACCCGUCGGCGGCGGUGGUGGAGACCCUGCCCCCGGUGUGCCCUUACUUCCCGGACUUUCUAAGGAAAUUCAAGGGCUCGCCCUCUGGAUCCUCGCUAGGCGACAAAGCGGAGUACAUGGAGAUGGAGGAGGGGGUCACGGAGUCGCUCUGCGGCCUGGACAAGAGCCCGAGUAAAGGAAACGGCACAGACAUCAGCAGGAAAAACAGCACUAACUCAAAAUCCAUUCAGACUGACGUGUGAUUACAAGUAGAGCUUCGUUUCGUGUAUUCUUUUUUGGUUUCUAAAGAAGAAUAUUCCCUAUAAAGAUGCUUCUUUGUGCCCAAGAGCAGGUGGUCCACUCUGACACACGUUUUACGCACGACACGCACACACACACAAACGCACACACGCUCACACAUAGACACCAAUUGGCAGUUUUCAUUCUCUCCAUUUCAGAACAAUAGUUUCUCCUAAAUCCUCUCUCCACACACAAGAGCCAACGAUUAGGAACAAGCACAGCUAAUAUUUGCCUAAUUGGUUGAUUCAUUAAUCCAUCUAACCUGAAUGGGCUUCCGAAUUAGACAUAAAAAUGGAAAUUCGAGACAAGACAACCUUUGCAUUUGCACUUUAUGGGUUUCAUCUGUCAAUAAGAGAAUGGAUAGGGGGCAAGGGAUUUCUGCUGUUAUGCAAUAAACUUACAAAUUUGUUUGCACUAAUGUAGAAUUCACGCUGGGUUUGGCAUCUUUUUAUUUCAGAGACAAAAGCUGUAGGCCAAUGCACAUGACAAUACGUUAGUCAUCCUCCAACUUAGCUGAAGAAUGUUUGAGAGGCUUCCACAAAGAGAGCAAACUAAGGAUAAUAAGAACCCCUCUAAUAUGCUGCCAAUGGAAAUUGGACUCUAAGAGAUUUAUUACUUGUCCAGUUAAUAUUAAUUAAACCCUCAUUGAUAAGAUAAAGCAUUUAGUAGUCAUCAAAUGAACCAGGGCUAGAAUCAUUUUUAUGACAUAACUUCCACAACAGGCCUCAAAGGCCUCAUGUUGUUGACCCACCAUGAGAGCUAAGCACAUGAGUCAUCCGAGUCGAACGUGGCUGGAGAGACGACUCGCCCCGCCAGCUUUUUGUAUGGAAAGGCUCGGAGCCUCUGCAACAACAGUUUCCCAAGUUUCAUUUAAACCACCUCAAAACGACAAUAUCCCUUUACAUGGACGCAGAUGGAAAGCUAUAGCAAAAACGACUCUGUGUUGUGGAAACUCCGCGGAGGGCAGUUUGUGAGCAACUUCCUCUCCUGUCCGCUGGACUCUGUGCACAAUUUUUUUUUUUCUUUUUUUCUCAAGAGGACUAUGAGUACCUCCGAGCUCAGAGGAUCUUCAGGAUGUGGACGUCUUCCAAGGCAAUGGAAUCGCAAGUGAAACGGUCGAGAGGAUGCUUUGAGAUACAAAGUGCAGCACUCUGACUCCCGAGACCGGAGUUAGUGCUGAAAUGAACAAACGACUCACUUCCACCACUUGUCCGACACGACUAGAAUCAUCCAGCCG